AUGGCUUCUUCCUCAUCUUCUUCUGUGUCUCUAAUGGCUUCCCAAACCCUAAUCCUUCAAAAAUCGACCUUCCUUCACCCUCACAGACCCUCAAUUGUCUCUCUUUCUAAACCCAAAUCCAUUUUCUCUUCGAAACCCGUUCAACUAUCACUCAAAAACCCUAAGAAACCCUUAAUUAUCGCCCCAUCUUCAUCCUCAUCGUCGCCGACAAUAGCUCCCAAUCCACCGACGGAACCACUACUCACCGGGCCAACCAGAACAAUCACAACCCUCUUCGCAAUUGCCCUCACAGCCUCCAAAGUAUUCGCUCAGAAGAUCGCUACUUUCGCCCUAAAUUUAAACCUCCAACAAAACGUACUACCCCUUACCGGACCUUUGUUUUUCGCCACCAUGAGCGGCCGACCGGCGCGUCUACAUACGCCAUUGACAGUUGUGGCGGCCGGAAUGGCGAAAUGGCUUGAUAUUUACAGCGGGGUGUUGUUGGUUAGGUGUUGGGUUUUCUGGGCGGAAUUCUCAAGAGCAGCAAGAUGGGGUUCUAAGAGACACAAGUUACAAAACAGGUGUGCAAAAUUACGAAAAUGGGUAUGGCAUCUAUUCAAUAGCAUCAUGAAGUGUAGACAUUUUUUAAUUGAUGUGUGA